GCAGCAGAGGACGUUGCCGGCGAGGACGAGGACGCGUUCCCGUGGCCCAAGGCGCCGCUUUCUGCCCAUGCUUCUGUAGAGGUGCUCCGAUGGGAUUAACGUCCACAUGGAGAUAUGGAAAUGGACCAGGAAUUUACACUAAAAAGAUGGUCAGCUGGGAUUCCGGUUGCCUUGUAUGCCUGGUGGUGGUCACCAUGGCUGGACUUUCCCUCGCUCGACCUUCGUUUAAUUUAGUCGUUGAAGACGCCACGUUGGAACCUGAAGAGCCACCAACCAAAUACCAAAUCUCCCAGCCCGAUGUAUACUCAGCCCUGCCAGGAGAACCACUUGAGUUGCGCUGUCAGUUGAAAGACGCCGUCAUGAUCAGUUGGACUAAGGAUGGGGCCCCUUUGGGGCCCGACAAUAGGACAGUGAUUAUUGGGGAAUACUUACAGAUUAAGGACGCUGCACCCAGAGAUUCGGGCCUCUAUGCUUGCACUGCUGUUAGGACCCUAGACAGUGACACUCUGUACUUCAUUGUAAAUAUUACAGAUGCUCUUUCCUCUGGGGAUGAUGAAGAUGACAAUGACGGUUCUGAGGACUUUGUGAAUGACAACAACCAGAUGAGGGCACCCUAUUGGACUCACACAGACAAAAUGGAGAAAAGACUACACGCGGUGCCAGCUGCCAACACUGUCAAGUUCCGCUGCCCAGCCAUGGGAAACCCAACACCGACCAUGCGGUGGCUGAAAAAUGGGAAGGAAUUCAAGCAAGAGCAUCGUAUUGGCGGUUAUAAGGUUCGCAACCAGCACUGGAGCCUCAUCAUGGAGAGCGUGGUCCCGUCUGACAAAGGAAAUUACACCUGUAUCGUGGAAAACCAGUACGGAUCCAUCAACCACACCUACCAUCUUGACGUUGUUGAGCGAUCUCCGCACAGACCAAUCCUCCAGGCUGGUCUCCCCGCAAACGCCUCCACAGUGGUCGGCGGUGACGUGGAGUUUGUCUGCAAAGUCUACAGCGAUGCCCAGCCUCACAUCCAGUGGAUAAAACAUGUAGAGAAGAAUGGCAGUAAAUAUGGACCAGAUGGGUUGCCCUAUCUUCAGGUUUUAAAGGCUGCCGGUGUUAACACCACGGACAAAGAAAUUGAGGUUCUCUAUAUACGGAAUGUAACUUUUGAGGAUGCUGGGGAGUAUACAUGCUUGGCGGGUAAUUCUAUUGGGAUAUCCUUUCACACUGCAUGGUUGACAGUUCUGCCAGCUCCUGAAAAAGAGAAGGAAUAUCCGGCAUCUCCAGACUACCUGGAAAUAGCAAUUUACUGCAUAGGGGUCUUCUUAAUCGCCUGCAUGGUGCUGACGGUCAUCCUGUGCCGCAUGAAGAACACCACCAAGAAGCCCGAUUUCAGCAGCCAGCCUGCUGUGCACAAGCUGACUAAGCGAAUCCCUCUGCGCAGACAGGUAACAGUGUCGGCCGACUCGAGCUCCUCCAUGAAUUCCAACACGCCGCUGGUGAGGAUAACUACCCGUCUGUCCUCCACAGCUGAUGCCCCCAUGCUGGCAGGAGUCUCGGAAUAUGAAUUGCCAGAAGACCCAAAAUGGGAGUUUCCACGAGAUAAGCUGACGUUGGGUAAGCCCCUUGGGGAAGGCUGCUUUGGGCAAGUUGUCAUGGCUGAAGCGGUGGGAAUCGACAAAGACAGGCCCAAAGAAGCAGUGACUGUGGCAGUGAAGAUGUUGAAAGAUGAUGCUACAGAAAAAGAUCUAUCCGACCUCGUGUCGGAGAUGGAGAUGAUGAAGAUGAUCGGGAAGCACAAAAAUAUCAUCAAUCUCCUUGGAGCCUGUACCCAGGAUGGUCCGCUGUACGUGAUAGUAGAAUAUGCUUCCAAAGGAAACCUGCGUGAGUACCUGCGAGCACGCCGCCCACCUGGCAUGGAGUAUUCAUUUGACAUUAACAGGGUUCCAGAAGAGCAGAUGACAUUCAAAGACUUAGUGUCUUGCACGUACCAGUUGGCAAGAGGCAUGGAGUACUUGGCUUCACAAAAAUGUAUCCAUCGAGACUUAGCUGCAAGAAAUGUUUUGGUAACAGAAAACAAUGUGAUGAAAAUCGCAGACUUUGGUUUAGCCAGAGACAUCAACAACAUAGACUAUUAUAAAAAGACUACUAAUGGCCGGCUCCCUGUAAAGUGGAUGGCUCCAGAAGCUCUGUUUGACAGAGUUUACACUCACCAAAGUGACGUAUGGUCCUUUGGUGUAUUAAUGUGGGAGAUCUUCACCUUAGGAGGAUCACCCUACCCUGGAAUUCCAGUGGAGGAACUUUUUAAGCUGCUUAAAGAAGGGCAUCGAAUGGAUAAACCUGCCAACUGCACCAAUGAACUCUAUAUGAUGAUGAGGGAUUGCUGGCAUGCUGUGCCUUCACAGAGACCAACUUUUAAACAGUUGGUAGAAGACUUGGAUCGAAUUCUUACUCUCACAACUAAUGAGGAGUAUCUAGACCUCAGUGGACCUCUUGAACAGUAUUCACCUAGUUACCCUGAUACUAGGAGUUCAUGUUCUUCAGGUGAUGACUCUGUUUUUUCUCCUGAUCCAAUGCCUUAUGAACCUUGUCUUCCCAAGUACCAACAUAUGAAUGGCAGYGUUAAAACAUGAGAAGAAAUCAUUUUAAUGUAUAGAGGAAUAAAGAAACAAGAACAUCAAGCUACCUACCAUAUACAAAACACAAAAUCUUGUCUCCAGGACCUUAAUGUUUUGCUUGUACAUAUGAAAUAUGAAAAAGAAGAAGAAAUAAAGGAAAACUUGGAGGAAAACAGACAGRACCUACAUAAAGGAUUAUAUAAUUUUCAACUUCUAAAUACUCCCAACAAAGAAUGUUCAUGAGCUGUGUCUAGAUAUCCAUCACUAUCAAUUUUCUGGCUCACUGUAAGCUGCGAGAGACUUUGUACAAUGGACCAGUUGGACUUGAGGCAAACUCUGGGUCUGCCUUUCUUGUUUAUUUUGUAAUAUUUGGAGAAAAUAUAUGUUGGCACACACUUACAGAGCACAAAUGCAGUAUAUAGGUGCUGGAUGUAUGUAAAUAUAUUCAGAAUAUGUAUAAAUAUAUAUAUUAUAUAUUUACAAUGAAUUAUUUUUUGUAUUGAUUUAAAAAUGGAUGUCCCAAUCCACCUAGCAAAUUAGUCUCUUUUUUAACAGCUAUUUGCUAAAUGCUGUUCUUACACAGAAUUCUUAAUUUUCGCCAUCCAAAGGUGGAAAAUACUUUUGCUUUCAGGGAAAAUGGUAUAUCGUUAAUUUAUUAACUAAUUGGUAAUGUACAAAGCAAUUAAUCGUUUAUAGGGUUGUUGUGUUUUUGUAAUUUAAAUGGCAUUUCUAUGCAGGCAGCACAGAGAACUAGUAGAUAUAUUGCUUGGACUUUACUAGUUUUCAGAUCUUUAAAGAAAGAAAUAUUUACAGUAUAUAACUAAUUUGGGGGAAUUAAACUUUUUGAUUUAUUUGUGUUUCAAAAACCUUGGUGUCAGAUGCUUGUUCUUAUGAAACUCAAAUCCUUUAACAAGAAAGUCUUUUAUUCUGCAUACCUGUCACUUUAACAAUUUAACGCUUUAGCAACGUUUCUCAGAGCCAAAAGGCACAAAACAAGGACAAAAAAAACCCCACAAACAAAACAAAACUCUUGUAAAUGGAUUCCUAAAGUAAGGAAAGAAAUUAAUUUGGCUCUAAGCAUAGCAAAAUGCAGCAGUCUAAGAGGAGCUGAGCUUCUACUCUGCAUUGCACAUGCAUCAAAUUAACUAGAAUUCUCUUCCCUGAGUUUGAUAAUAUGUUCCAGAUCUUUUGGCCUAGCAAUCGCCUUUUAUAAUAUCCCUAUUGUAACUUAAGUUAGAAAGAGAGAAGUUGUUAUCAUGACAGUUUGACGUAGGAAUAUCAGCAUCUUUUUAAGGGAUUAAUUCAUGGUGACGCCAAUAUUUCC